AUGUCGUCAGAAUCUCAACAGUUUCAAACAGGUUGGAAACCCCCCGUGACGGAUCAGGAAUUUCCCGGCAAGGAGCACAAGUUACCUGUUAAAGCACAAUACGAAGACUUGCCCGAUGGUCAGGGUGGUUUCACAAAGUACAAGGCCGCCGGGAAGUUAAAGGGCAAGAAGGCUAUCAUCACUGGAGGAGAUUCUGGGAUCGGUCGAGCAACUGCUCUUCUCUUUGCUCUUGAGGGCGCAGAUUCAUUCAUUGCCUAUCUACCUGACGAGCAGAAGGAUGCCGACGAAACAAAGAAGCUGGUAGAGGAGCGAGGCCAGAAGUGCCACCUCUUCCCGACUGAUCUCACGGAAAGAAAGAACUGCGAAAAAGUUGUCUCUGAGGCAGUCGAGGCCAUGGGGGGCAUUGAUAUCCUGUUCAACAACCAUGCGUACCAGAUGAUGGUGAACGACAUUUCGGAACUGUCGGAGGAUCAAUGGGUUCACACAUUCAACACCAACAUCCACCCUUUCUUCUAUCUGUCGAAGUACUCGCUACCGCACAUGAAAUCAGGGGCUUCCAUCAUCAAUAAUGCAAGCAUCAACGCGUACAUUGGCCGUCCUGACCUCCUUGACUACACAUCUACCAAGGGUGCUAUCAUCUCCUUCACUCGUGGACUCAGUAAUCAAUUCGUCAGCAAGGGAAUCCGUGUCAACGCUAUUGCCCCAGGCCCUGUCUGGACGCCGUUGAUCCCCGCAACGAUGAACCAAGAGGCACAGGAGCAGUUCACUGCUCCGAUGGGACGACCUUCUCAACCUAGCGAGAUAGCCAGCACUGUUGUAUUUCUAGCGGCGCCAGACAGUUCAUCAAUUAGCGGCCAGACAAUUCACUGCAACGGCGGCACCAUCGUUAAUGGCUAA